CAGCCCUGCUCUGCACCCCGAGCAUUGUUGCCAGCUGGAAGCUUGCCUCACAUUACACCUCACUCUCGCUAACCUCUCCACUAACGUUCUUCGCGCCUCCCAAAAUACCUGCCUUGUGCGGAAAUAUCGGCCUGUCCUAGUCUCCGCGAUUCGCCGCACCCCUCUGGGUUGUCUAGUCCGUCUUAAACGUCGCGCGGCGUCGCCAUGCCUUCUAACUACCGCGGGCGUCUCGGCAGCGGCGCGGGCGGCGGCGGCGGCGGUGGCGGCGGUGGCGCGUCCGCGAGUCAGACGGGAGCGACGCGGCUGGAGGAGAUGCUCGACGUGAACCUGCCGCUGCCGCAGGUGACGUCAGCACCGUUCGGCCGCAUCGGACCCGCCUUCGGAUACGGCGUGGGAUGCGGCGCCGGCUUCGGAAUAGGCCUUAUGGGCGGCCUUGGCUUAGGUUGGGGAGUGCCGGGUCUCAGGCUCGGGAUGGGGUUCGGUGCGGGGUGUGGCGUGGGAGUGGGGUUCGGGUACGGUGUCGGGAGAGGGAGGGCGUAUGACAGGGAGGGUAACCACACGAAUCUGCAGGGGGGCUCCAACUAUCUCUAUGCUAGGAAAUUGACACCUGUUACUGGUCGGCCUCGGAAAGCAGAUACUCCCUUCGCAUCUUUGGCCGUAGGCCGCAUGGUACACGAUCUAGUUCACGACAUCAGAACCUUCCUUGGAUCGUUGACGGGAUCAAGGCCUCACUAACCCUGCAACCAGAAGGUUUAUUUCCACAAGCUCUUGGACAAUCACUGCUCUGCAUACAGCAGUUGUUGUUCCAAGUUAGUUCACCUACUGCAAGUUAGUGAUGUGCCAUAAACCUGCUAGCAUUUUGCAUUUCCGAAGUGCACAAGAAAUGCUGUUAGAAGUUAGCAGGCUGAUUGCUUUCUUAUUUGGAAGCAAGACGUAAUCAGGAGAGUGCAUGUAUUCAUCUGAAUUCAGGAAAAUCU